AUACUUACUGCUCUCUUGUGCACCCCGCCUGACCCUUGUUCUCCUUUUCAGCUCGGUCGAAGUCUCGCCAGCGGUCUGACAACCAUCGGUUCAUUAGAUUCUUCUGGCGACACUCAGAUGACCUCAAACCUUGAGCCGGUGCAGACGGUUGCGGGCAGUACCAACACCAACACCAGCCUUACCACAACCACCAUGACAACCAGGCUCUCCGUUGGUGAUAGCUCGAAUUCGGGAUCAGAGACGGCCGGUCAGGUAGCAACAAUCAGGAUUCGACCUGACAGCGCCGGUCGAUUCGGCUUCAACGUGACUGGCGGCGUGAACCAUCAGACGCCAGUUCUGGUCAGCCGAGUAGGCUACAACAUGCCGGCCGAUCUUUGUAUUCCCCGCCUGAACGAGGGUGACCAAGUGUUGUUUAUCAAUGGACACGAUAUCUCCAACUGCACCCACGACCAGGUCAGCUGA